UUUACUGCUCCUUUGAGAAGGGAGUCAGUAUAUGACAGAACCUUCAAACGUCAGUCUGUACAGCUAUGCUGUGAAGAUAGCGACAUGGUGGCUAAGGCAGUAAGGAUGGAUCACGACUACGUGACACACCCACCUGCAGGUGCUCUGGAUGAGGCUUUGGAUUACAUCCAUGACUUAGAAGCCAAGUUGCAAAACACUGGUCUACCACCCCCUACUCUCUUCAGCCGAUACUGUUCGUCGGAUGACCAAAUACGUUUCUACACCAAAUUUCCAUCCGAGAGUGUUUUUACUAUUUUUUGGGAGUCGAUUGCACCAUCUGCACUUAGACUGGUGUACUGGAUCAAAGCACAGAGGGCAGGUGAGGAAGGCUGCGAAGAUCCCAGCCCACCACGCAUCAUGCCAUUAAUAGAUGAGUUCUUGAUGUACUCCAUGCGGGUUGCUGUUGGCAUGAAGGAGCAGCUCAUUGCUGACAUGUUUAAUGUGAGCAUUGCCAGGGUUAGCAGGGUUACCAUCACCUGGGCCAAUUAUCUUUUUAUGAUGCUGAGCUCACUUCCCAUCUGGAUAAGCAGGGAAAAGGUUAAGUCCACUAUGCCCCUUAAAUUCCAGAGGUACUGUCCCAAUGUCAGAGUGAUACUGGACUGCACAGAAAUUGCCCUGGAGACAGCCUCAUCCCUGACCUUACAGUCAGAAACAUUUUCAAGUUACAAAAACAGGACGACAUUGAAAGGGCUAAUUGGAGUUGCUCCCAAUGGUUUGGUGACAUUCAUCUCACCCCUGUACACUGGGUGCAUCUCAGAUAAGGAGAUCACCAGGAUCAGUGGAGUCCUUCCCUUGCUGGAGCCAGGAGACGAUGUCAUGGCGGACAAAGGGUUCCUCAUUCAAGACCUCCUUGCUGACGUUGAAUCUAAGCUCAUCAUUCCACCUUUUAAGCGUUCAGCUCAAUUCAGCAAGGAGGAAACGGAACAAACCCAAGCCAUUGCCCGCCUCAGAAUUAUAGUAGAAAGAGUGAUCGGUAGGAUAAAGUCCUUUCACAUCUGGGACUCUCCCGUGCCGCUCACACUGAUUGGCAGUGUGAAUCAGAUCUGGCUUAACUGCUGUGUUUUGGCAAAUUAUCAAGGACCUUUUUGUUUUGAAGAGUGA